AUAAGCAUCAUUAUAGGAUUAAGAAAUUGGCACCAAAAUGCUUGCAUGCUUUUGCUUUUAUGAUUGUAAAUUGUACUUUAGUUGGUCAAAGAUUGAUGAUAUAAACAAGAUUUUGAUGUUAUGUUACCAACAAAUCAAUCAUAAUGUACCAGAGUAAGCUAAUCUACCACCUUAUGAAAGCUGAAAUAGAUAAAAAGAAAUGCACUUUGUUAAAAAGAUUUCUCACAAUUACUUAAAAGGAUCGUUUGUUUAUGAGUGUGGGGGUUAAGUUUCUGUACUUAAGCGCCUGUGAUAUCCCUCAUGUGUUUUUUUGCUUUCUUUUUCUUGUGAAAGGGAAUCCAACCUUUGACCUAAUUUUCGCUACGCGUCUGACCACUUGAGCUAAUCCCAAGGGCUUGUAGCUUGAAGGCUUGAAACGUUUUCAGAUAUGUCCUUUGCUAUUUUUAUAAUAUAUGGGGUGGCUAGUCGCAUAACAUAUGUUUCUAGACGUUGAGUCUGGCUGGACCAAUAUCAAAGAGGGUGGCAGCUUUGACCUUCCUGCGGAUUUCAUUAUUAUACUUCAAGCCUCCUAUAUAUAUAGAGUUCUCUCAAUUUAAGCCUGUCAUCUGUAUCCUCUUCUCUGCACACAACUUCUUCCUCAUUCAUUCAGUCCUUAUUUACAUCUCUCUCUCUCUCUGAGCUUUUAAUUUGUAGAGUAGAAUGGAUUUCCAAAACCAGUAUCAGCAGGCUCAUCAGAUGCCAAAAUAUGAGUGUCUUCUCUUUGAUCUAGAUGAUACCCUUUAUCCCUCGAGUUCUGGAAUGUCUAAACAAUGCACCAAGAAUAUUGAAGAAUACAUGGUUAAAAAACUAGGCAUAGAGGAAACAACAGUCACUCAGCUUAAUCAAGUGUUAUACAAGAAUUAUGGGACAUCAAUGGCUGGUCUAAGGGCCAUUGGUUAUAACUUUGACAAUGAUGACUACCACAGUUUUGUUCAUGGAAGAUUGCCCUAUGAGGUACUAAGACCUGACCAUGUCCUUAGGACUCUGCUGCUGAGCCUGCCGUAUCGAAAACUCAUUUUCUCAAAUGGGGACAAGGUCCAUGUGGCAAAAACUCUUAGCAAGCUUGGAUUGAAGGACUGUUUUGAAGGAGUUAUAUGCUUUGAGACUCUGAAUCCCAUCGGUGAUAAUGAAGACUCAAAGUCCACAGGCAGCCGAAAGGUUUUUGACCAGUCUUGUUUAUUUGAUGCUGGAUCAGCACUUCCAGUGACUCCAGUUGUUUGCAAGCCAUUUGCAAAUGCAUAUGAACAAGCCUUUCAGAAAGCCAAUAUUAACCCUCAAAGAACUCUCUUCUUUGAUGAUAGCAUCCGCAACAUACAGGCUGGAAAGGAUAUGGGUCUUCAUACUGUAUUGAUUCCAAAACUACCCCUAUUUACAAGUUAA